GAUAUCUGUAAACAUAAGGAAGUGAACAUAAUUACAAUGUGACUAAAAUGUAUGGAUCGAUUUACAUUGUAACUUUUGAUUUUAUGCUCCAUAUUUAACAUUAAGGAUUGAUUUAUGUCUGUGUUUUUAAUAUAUGGCCGACUUUUAAUUCGAUCAUGCACUAAACAUAUGGACUGGAAGAGGUUUGUCGUUCCUGUGUUAUUUGUUGCAUCAAUAUUCCUCAUUAUUUACUAUCAGAGUACCAUUCUAAUUAUUGGACAGUUUAUUGCUGAUGAAGGAAACUCUACAACUUAUUCAUUUCAAAAGAAAAUUAUUGAACCGCCAAUCAAAAUCGCAUGGUAUAAACCAAUCACAAUCGCAUGGGAUGGGCGCCCGAAAUGGCUGCCACCUACUUUCAAUUUCAGUGGGUGCGGAUUUUCAAACUGUAUUUUAUCAGAUAGUAAAACAAAACCAUUGGAUAAUUAUCAAGCAGUAUUCUUCCAUUAUCGACGUUUAAGUAAACAUGUUCCAGAAAAAUCGAAAAAUCAAAUAUGGAUAAUCUGGACAAAUGAAAGUCCUGCGAAUGACGGAUCUUUACCAAAACAAUGGCACAAUAAGUUCGAUUGGAGUGCUUCUUACAGAGAAGAAAGCGAGUUUUCACUUCGCUGGGCAAUAAAAUUGAGAGAAAACUCUAAUAAGAUGCAAAGAAAUUAUACCGAAAUAUUCCAAAGAAAAACAAAACAAGUCUCUUGGGUUGUUAGCAACUGUAAUACUAAAUCUCAGCGUCGAACAUAUGUGGACGAAUUAAAGAAAUACAUUAACGUUGAUAUUUAUGGAAAUUGUGGGAAAAACAAGACAUUUUGCAAAAGGAAAAGUUCAAUCGAAUGUCAUUCGAGUUUGUCAAAUGAUUAUAAGUUUUACCUUGGUUUUGAGAACAGUAUAUGCAAAGAUUAUAUUACAGAAAAAGUUUUUAAUAAUUUUCAAGACCACAAUAAAAUGGUAUAUGUCGCCAGAUCAGCUCCAAAUUUAAAAAGUGUAAUUCCUGCAAAAACGAUAGUCAACACAGAGGAUUUUGAGUCUCCAAAGGCUCUGGCACAGUAUCUUUUGAAACUAAGCUCAAAUGAGAAAGAAUACAUUUCUUAUCUAAAAGAAAAGGACAAAUAUUAUUUUCCAGAUGAACGAUUACCGCGAACAUUCUGUUCUAUAUUUGAGCUACUACAUACGUACAAGAAUAGAAAAUUAAAGUGGUCAGGGCAAAAUUUCAAUGCUUGGUUCAGAAACGGAGCCUGUAUUAAGCCAAAUAAUGGAAAAAGAUCGAUUGGUCAUAGAAGACAAUUAUUGCGUAGUGCGUCAUAGAAAUUUUAAGUGACUAUAGAUCACUAUAAGAAGGACAGGAACUAUAGUUGUUCUUUCUGAAACGUCAUUUAUUUCAAUAUCAAUUCUCUUCGACGAGUAGAAAGAAAAAGAACAGGAGAUAUUUUUCUUCAUUAAUCUUAGAAUUCGUCAUGGAAGAAAAUCUCAAAGAAAAACCAAAUAAACACGGUUGAGAUCAA